GACGAUACUCAAUAUUUUUGCUUUAGCAACGUAGUCUACGCCUUUAGUAUAAUCAACAAAACAUUUGGCACCCCGCUGCCGCGAGGCUAAACCUAACAACAACUACAGUAGGCCGCUAAGUUAAGACCACUUAGCGGAUACUUCUUCUAGUCAACUGCGGGACCAGGAAUUGACAUCUUUAUAUAUACAUAUAUAUAUAGGUAUUGACUAUUCCUAUCAUGACGUCUCGUGAGGUAAAGUAAAGCGAACUGGUCCACAGUGUGUCAUAUCGUUCCUUAAUUACUGAUAAUCCAACCCAACAACAGGCUUCCUCCGAUACGAGCCUGUAUAUUUGACAUGGAUGGGCUACUUAUUAACUCCGAGGACAUUAUCACUCAGGCGAUUAACGAACACCUUGAGCAUUAUGGCCGACCGCUCUUGACCCAACAGAUCCGAGCCCAGCUUAUGGGUGUUGCAGGGUCAUCUGACAGCGAAUGGUUUCAUAAUUGGGCUAAACUGCCCAUCUCUCGCGAAACAUCCGCCAGCGAGCUUAGAUCACGCAUGCACGCCCUCUUUCCACAGUGUGAGCCACUGCCUGGUGCGCGAGCUCUAGUCGCAAAUCUCUCUCACGCCUGCAGCAUUGUCUCAGGAGAGAGAAUCCAAUUGGCAUUGGCAUCUACCACGAAGAGUUCAUCGUAUGCCCUGAAAACAUCGCGACCUGACACAAAGCAACUACUGGAUUGCUUUCAAUCAGAUAGGCGCAUCCUAGGCGAUGAUGUGCGGUUGCCGCCGGGCCAGGCAAAGCCACAUCCAGCCAUCUAUAAAAUUGCCCUGGAGGCAUUGAACAGCAGUGAAGGUUUGAAAGAAAAUCCUAUCCUGCCUAGCGAAUGCCUUGUCAUAGAGGACAGUAUACCUGGCGUAGAAGCAGGUAGACGGGCUGGGAUGCGGGUGGUUUGGGUGCCGCACCCCGCACUAGCCACUGAGUAUGAAGCCAAGGUCGACUCUGUUUUAGCAGGGCGGACAAGUAUGUUUAACAUUGGCAAUGAUUGGCAGCUGGGAGAGAUUCAAGAUGGUUGGGCGGAGAGUAUACCGAGCCUGGAGAAGUUUGACUCUAGUAAAUACGGUAUAACUGUAACAACGGAGUGACAUCAAAUAAGCAAAAUUUAUAUGUUUUUGA